AUGGGCAAAAAGAACAAGUCUGCAUCGCGGAGGCAGAAAUAUGCAAAGCAUGACUAUGAAAAAAUGAAAAUGGCGUACGAUGCGGUAAAAAGUGGGAAACUAUCUCUGAAAAAGGCGGCUGAAAAAUUUGGGGUAAAAAAGUCAACGCUGUACGACCGUGUAUCUGGUAAAAUUGAUGUGUAUGCCUCCAGUGGAAGAAAACCCGCAUUGAAUCCAGAAAUUGAAAAAAGAAUUGUAGAUAAUGUUACACAGACUGCCGAAAAGGGUUUUGGGAUUUCUAGGCAACAACUUUUAUCAAGAACUGGCAUUCUCUGCAAUAGAUUGAAGCUGAAUUGUUUUGUAAACAAGCAACCUACAAAACAUUGGUGGUAUGGGUUCAAAAGUCGACACCCAGAAAUUAGUCUGAGAAAACCAGAAAAGUUGGGUACGGUCAGGGCUAGAAUGUUAAAUGGGGUAGUGGUUCAGCGGUAUUUCAAUGAUUUGGGGAAAAUAAUCGAAAAUUUGAAUCUACAAAAUGCACCAAAGAAAAUUUGGAAUGCCGACGAAACCGGCAAACAAUUAGAACACUCACCUGUUAAUGUUGUUGCACGGAAGGGCACAAAAAACGUUGUUGGUCGAACAAGUACUGACCGUAGCAACAUCACAAUUAUGGCAUGUGUAAAUGCUUCAGGCGAAAAGAUGCCGCCCAUGCUAGUGGUAAAAGGGAAAACAAAGAAGUCCCUGUACGGAUACAACACGGCGGAAGCCCCUGAAAACAGCAUGUGGACUUUCAAUGAUCGUGCUUGGAUGGAUGAGGAGUUGGGGGAGCAAUGGUUUAAAAAUGUGUUUAUUCCCAACUGCGGAAACGAACGUCCCCAACUCCUCAUUCUUGAUGGGCAUGGGUCUCAUGAGACUUUAGGCCUAUUAGAGCUUGCCGAUCAGGAAGGCAUCCAUGUCCUCGCUCUGCCCCCACAUACAACACAUUUUCUUCAACCGUUGGACAGGUCGGUGUUUGGCCCAUUCAACAAAGCAUACAACAAAUUCUGCUCCGAUUUCCUCUCCCAGAAUGCCGCCCAUGUAAUCAACAAGUGGACCUUCCCUUCCCUAUUCAAAAAAGCAUGGGAAGAAGGGAUUACAGCCGAAAAUAUUGUUAGUGGUUUCCGGGCAUGCGGUAUUUAUCCCUUUGACCCACAAGCUAUUCCAGAGAGCGCGUAUCUACCAAGUUCAGCCUAUGACAUCCCGCAAAAUUCUGCUCCAACUACCCCUGAUCUUUCCCAGUCAAUAAAUACGGCUACUGUCACUGCUGAGGUUCACAAUGUCCCAGACCCUACAUACUUAACUUCCCCUGAUCUUUCUCAGUCUACAAACAAAAACACGGCUACUGUCACUUCUGAAGUUCACAAUGUCCCUACAUCCUUAACUUCCCUUGAUCUUUCUCAGUCUACAAACAAAAGCACAGCUGCUGUCACUGUUGAGAUACACAAUGUCCCUACAUCCUUGACUUCCCUUGAUCUUUCUCAGUCUACAAACCAAAAUACGGCUGCUGUCACUGCCGAGGUACACAAUGUCCCUACAUACUUGAAUUCCCCUGAUCUUUCUCAGUCUGCUAACAAAAAUACGGUUUCUGUCACUGCUGAAGUACACAAUGUUUCUACAUACCCCACUACUCCUGAUCUCAGUGACAGUAUUGUUCCAAUUCCCGAUGUGGUCGCGGAAACGCAGGUACUGGAAAGCAUUAAUGAUCUUCAUGUUUUACCAUCUGAUAUCCUGGAAAAUCCUGUCCCAGCAGCCGCUGUUUUGCCCACAGAAGCAGGUGAAUUCGAGUCAAAAGACGCAAAUAGUCAAUCAGAAAUCGAAAAUCCAGAACAUUUGCUUACUCUGAUUAACAUGGGACUAAUUGAAGUUGUGCAAAAUCCAGAGGUGUCGGAGGAGGUAGAACUGAAUACUUCAUUUUGGAAUACGGAAAUCGACAACAUUUUUACUCCUGUUGCUGCUGUUCAAUCGUCGGAAAAAAAGCCUAAAAGUCGGGCGAUAACUUCACACCGGCUUCUGACAAGCUCGGCUAUUAUACAAGAAAAAAGAGAGAAGUUAGAGAAAAAACAAAAAUUAGAGGAACAGAAGCAAGAGAGAAAGAGGAAAAGAGAGGAGAAACGGAUGAUUAAGGAAAACAAAGGGAAAAACAUGAAAAUAUGA